CACACCCAGCCAUAAACACCAUCUUCAGUCUGUCUGUCCCAAGACCCUUCAAUGUCCAUGAUGCUCUGUGGGCCAGGGCCUCUGCUGCUGGGAAGUCAGCUGCUGCUGGACGGAGGGACAGCCUGUCUUUCUUGGGAGAUUGAUGGCUUCCCUCCUUCUCUAGCCUUUGCUCACCUUGGCACACAUUAGCCAGUGGAGAAGCAGGGUCAGGGGAGGAUGGCCAGGAAGCAGUGGGCAGAAGAGAAGAGGCCUGUGCUGCCUUGCAAGAGGUUACUGCAGCAGGGCCCAAAGGCCCUAUAUCUUACUGGGCUCACAUAGUUUUGAAAUAGUAGCCAGUUGUUUAAAUUGGAAAAUUUUGAUAAAGUCUAGAUUACUGACUUUUCCUGGAGGGGAAGAUCCCACCACUCUCAAUACACAGAAUGUGUGAAGUGGUGGGUGUCACCUGCAGGUAAAGCAUGUGCCUUCCAGGCAACCAGUAUCCCUAUCCACACAGCACUCCAGGAAAGCCUGGCUCAUUUUCCCAGGGGGCUUGGCUUUACAACCCCUGUCCCCAGGAAUGGCAACUGAAAAGGAAGACCCCAGUGGGAGAGAUGGAGGGUGGCUAGGGUUGAGAUUACAAGGAUUAUGGAGGUGGAAGCAGAACCACACCCUUCUACCUACUUUCUCAAUUAUUUUUUGUUGGUCCUCUUCCUUCCUCUUUCUUCACUUCCUCUCUUUGCCUGCCUGUCCCUCUCCAACUGGACCCUGAGGCCUACCAGUGUCUACCCCCCACACCCGAGGCUCCUCAGCCCCCCACAGAUGCCCUCCCCAGACCCCAUUUGGGUGCAGGUGAAGGGAGGUCCCAGCCAGAGAUGCCAUGGUAGUGACUCUGUGGAUAUGUGUCUCAUGGUGGGGUGAGGGCCAGCUCUGCCAGCCCUUUCUAGUCUCCCACGUCCUGGAGGGGUAGACAAGAGUGCUAUGUUCAAAGCUGAUGUCAUGGAGCCCUAGUUCUGGGUCCCAAGUGUCCUGAGUUAGACAAUAAGGAAGGAGCUGGUGUUGGUAGAGACGUAUAACUCCCACAGAUGUGUCUGCCUUGGCUAUCUCCUCUCAGCUCCUACUGACAUAUUGGGAACCUGUGCUGUAUCCAGCCCAUGCAGGCUGCCUUGGGGGCUGCAGAAGAACAUUCCCCUUUGUGACUGGACCUGUGGGUAGAUGAACUGACACAGAGAAGAGCAUAAAGGUGGCUUGACGUGCAGCAGUCCUGAGAUGGUAAAGGUAGAUCUGCUCCUAGGGGCAGGUUGAGUCAGCACUUGGCAGGGAAGCUGGGCUGAUGCCAUUUUGGGGCAUGGUUUCUGCUUGAGAGAAGCAUGGAGUCAGAUGGGAUGGAUGAGCUAGGCAAUGGGAAGAGAGUUUGCAGGACACAGACUGCCCAGCCAUCAGCUUCAUUCUCUAAAACCGUGGCUUAGACCAAACAUGGGUUUUGCAGUCAGCCAGUCCUUUCUCACGUCCUGUGUCUCCAACAAAGCUUGGGGGACAACUUACCUGAUGAUUUUUAAUGGUCACCAUUGACAGAGAUAGCCAUGAGGGCUCCUGAGUAGUAAGAGGAGGUGGGGCUCACUAUGUUCCCAUCUGCCUUUGGGGGGAUGGAGAAAGAGCAGAGGGAAGGGAGCAGACUAAGCUCAUGUACAGUCAUGCACUAUUUCAGGCAGUCUUAGAGACCACCCAGUGGACCUCACGGGCAUCAACCUCUUCAUCUGUAAGGUAGGGAAAAUUAAAUGACAAACACAUGCAGAAUGCUUAGCAUUGUGCCUGACGUGGGGUAAUUGCUAUACAAAUUGCACUUAAUAACAAUGUCCUCACCUUUCACUACCCUUCUCCUGCAUACAGACCCCCUGCUAUAUGCUCUCCGGGAGGGCCUAUGCAGGAUGCCCAGGCUGCCUCACCCACCUCUGCCCCAUCCUCCAGGUCAGGCAUGUCUCUUCAUUGGGCCUCAGUUUCCUUAUCUGUAAAUGGGGCUUACAUUAAAACAACUCUAAAUUCUGACUUUCUUGAAUCUGUGGCUCUAUUUCCCCUAAACAAUUGUGAGCCUUGUUAGUUGGGAUGGAAAAUUCCAGUACAUGGCUAAGCAUCAGUGGGGUGCAGUCCAAACUUAGGACAGGUGGGUCGCCUUAGCUGAUUCCUGGAGGACUUAGAACCUAGACAGGGGAAGAGGAACCCAAGUCAGCCCACUGAGCCUGAGCUCAAAGUCCCCCUCAGCCAUCAGUUAUCAUAAAGGAAAGGGUCAGCUGCUCCUUUUGGCUUUGAAGGUGACCCUAGGGCAGUAAUGCUUCAUGGUUGGCUGAAUCUCCCCUGGACUGUAAGGUUUUAACUGCAAGGGAUCAGCCAUGGUCGUCACUGUGGGCCUUGAGCCAUUGCCUUUUUCCUUGAGUUCGAUAGGUGUUGUCACUGUAGCACAGUUGGAAAAACUGGGCUUUGCAGCAACAGACAAGAUGGGCUUGAAUUUCUACUUGGCUAAGACUUUUCUGGUUGUAUACUAGAAAAUGACUUAGGUCUUCCGGCUUUGGUGAAUCCAUUUGAGAAACUGGGAUCACAACUACCUGUUGGAAGUUCACAGUGGUCACAUGGACAUUGUCCAGCACAUCCCAGUAAGAGCUUCAGAGAUGGGACUAUGGUUUUUAGACAACUUUCAAUAGUGUUUGCUGGAUAAACCGGAAGUGGAGAGUCCUCUGGAGUGCAGGAGUAAGGACCCCAGUAAUGAGCUGUCUGGGGUUUCUCCUCCAGGAUCUGGGGCUUCUGUUCUGCCUCACAGUAGGAGUGUGGUAAAGCCUUGGUCCGGCCACCACCUUCAGCCCUCUGCCAGGGCACCCAGAGGCCACCAUCUUCCCCCAGCCCCUACCUCCUGUGACCUGGCCCUUUGCCAGGCUAAGUUUAGCUGUGCACUGCAUGAGUUACCCUCUCUGUGGGUGAGGCGGGGGCUGAGAAGAAUUCAGCAGGCUUCCUGUCUGCUUCCUGGCAAGCAGAGGAAAGCCUGCCAAGUGACCCAGGUUUAUUCUCAGUGCGAAGCUGCCACCAACAUCACCAGACCACAGGUGUGAGACUGCAGAGGUGAGAGCUUUGGGUCAAGACAGAUGCAGAUAUCCUUGGCAUUGGGGGAAAGGCGCCCUUUGGGGAGAUGUGUGUGUAUACACGUGUGCACAUGUAAGUGAGCACAUGCACGUAUCCCUAGUUUGCAAGAGGUUUCCAGCUACCUAGUCCAUCCUGUGAUCUUCACAUGUCAGAAUGCCCUGAUUCCAUGGCCCCCACCUCUUUUAGCCCCAGAGUCCCCCAUAGGAACUGGUUUGGGAAGGGUUAGUAGCAGGCACUUCAAACGCAGUCGCCUGUAGUUGACACUGAGCAACCAUGGCCCAUUCUCAAUCUUGGUGUGGCCCUCCUUACCCUGUCCCUAGGGUGCUGCGUAUAGACAGCCUGUGUAGAGUAUAGCAAGGAGCAAAAUGACAGCCAGGAUAGGGGGUGAUGGUCUAAGUGAGGAGGUGAGUCAGCGGGAACUCCAGACCUUCAGGAGGAUCCCAUGCUCUGAAGGCUUCUCUGGUUUUGCUGGGGGCAGGGCAGACUGAGGAAUGUGCCAAGGAAAAGCACUAACAGUGGAGCAUUUGUGCAUUCAAAGCACUUUUGAGCGUCGCCCUCCACACCCCGAGCCUUGGGCAGGGCUGCUGUGCUUGCCUGAUGAGAAAACAGGCAUGUGGAGGCUGAGGGAAGAGGAGCUGGUAUUGUGGGGUGCCAACUCUGUGCCAGCCUUUGUGCUAAACACCAGUGAUGUUGACCUUCCCAACAUCCUUGUGAAGGACGGACUGUGCUGAGCACCUUCUCACGGGUCAGAUCAGGAGUCCUAAAGAAGCUGAUCUGUCCAAGAUCACACAGCAAAGGAGAGAGUGAAAGUUCAAGGUCAGGUCUGCUGGGUCUACAGCUGGUUGCCUUUCAUGUUGUUCACUGUUUUCCCUGGUGCUCUUGAUGAGUCUUGUCUGUAACCCCACAGUUCACAGUGUUACUUGAGGCCGCCCCAUCCUGACAGAGCCCCUAGUAGGGGUGCCUGUGAACCCCGGCAGGCAGGGUCACCUGUGUCUUCCCAUCCCAUCUUAGCUAGCCUUUCGUAAGAAAACUCACUCGGGGCAAGCCUUUCACUAAGGUUUGACAUGCAUUAGCUUAUUCAAACUUCAUAGCAGCAGUGUUGUUCUUAUUUGACAGGAAAAGACUGAAGUUUGGACAAGUUGAGUGAUUUGUCCAAGGUCACAUCCACUAGGUGCACAUGCUGGGUUCUAACCCAGUCUGUCUUGUCCAAGUCCUUCCUUCAUCCUUGGUUUUGAUUUCAAACCUUGCCCAUUCCAGUAUAAAGAGGCUCCUAGAUCCCGUCCUCCUCCAGCAGCAGGUACGAGGAUGUACACAGAUGGUACAGCAGAAGCCAUUGGGUAAAGAAGAAGGACUUCCCAGUCCAGGGUUUGGUGAAACACCACUCCUAGAUUGGUUAACAUGGAAACUGACUUUCUCCCGAGUUGGGAGUUACCAAGGCUGUCCCUUUGAUUGGUGAAGACCUGCUGUGCCUAAAUGUGGCUGCCUGAGCUACAGAAGCCCUUGAGAACCCCGAAACCUUCAAGCUUCCUACUAAAUGGCUGCUGCCUGGUGUUGCACCCCUGGUACUCCACAUCUUUACCCUAUACCUCUGGUGCUCACUCAGCAGUCACCCUCACAGCUUUGCUUUGGACCACCCUGACUAACCUUCCCUUGCUGUCUCUAUAAUGUAGAGACAAGGGCCCACCUGUUUCUGCAAUUACUCAAUGGCUUGACCUUGGCUUGGGAUGGAAAGCUGCCUAGUGGCCCCCUGUACUUUUUCCUCAGCCCACCCCACUUACAGUUUCCACUUUCUCCUAGGAGCUCAUGAGAGUUCACCUCUGAGCCUGAACUUGUCUCUGCUUGGAUUCCCCUACCUAGACCUCCCUCCACCAAGGCUUGUGGAUCCUGGUGACAUGUGAAGCCGUGUAUGGGUGGAGCUGUCUGAGUCACAUCUAAGCAGCAGCUUUGCCCAGGUGUGGCUGUCAGCCAACUCAAGCAGUCUACCUCUUCCUCUUUGCUGGGAACAACCUGCGGAGGAAAGCUCCAGCCAUGGCCAUGGGACUCUUCCGGGUGUGCCUGGUGGUGGUGACAGCCAUCAUCAACCACCCACUGCUGUUCCCACGGGAGAAUGCCACGGUCCCCGAGAACGAGGAGGAAAUCAUCCGCAAGAUGCAGGAGCACCAAGAGAAGCUGCAGCUGGAGCAGCUACGCCUGGAGGAGGAGGUGGCACGGCUGGCAGCCGAGAAGGAGGCCCUUGAGCUGGUGGCAGAGGAGGGCCAGAAGCAGCCCGAGGGCCAGGCAGGCUGGGACCUGUGGAGCACUCUCUGUAUGAUCCUCUUCCUGAUCAUUGAGGUAUGGCGGCAAGACCACCAGGAUGGGACCUUGCCUGAGUGCACGGGCAGCGACGAGGACGAACUGCCAGGGCUGGGGGGUACUCCACUGCAGGGCCUCACCCUGCCCAAUAAGGCCACAUUGAGCCACUUUUAUGAGCGCUGUAUCCGGGGUGCCACUGCCGAUGCCGCCCGCACCCGGGAGUUUGUGGAAGGCUUUGUGGAUGACUUGCUGGAAGCACUGCGGAGCAUCUGCAACCCAGACACAGACAUGGAGAUGGAGGACUUCAUCGGUGUGGACAGCAUGUAUGAGAACUGGCAGGUGGACAGGCCACUGCUGUGUCACUUGUUUGUGCCCUUCACACCCCCAGAGCCCUACCGCUUCUACCCAGAACUCUGGUGUGCCAGCCGUUCUGUGCCCCUAGACCACCAGGGCUAUGGCCAGAUCAAGGUGGGACUAGCUGACGGAGACCCCCUGGGCUGUAUCUGUGGCAAGAGCAAGCUGGGGGAAGACAUGCUGUGUCUCCUUCAUGGCAAGAACAGCGGGGUGCAUCCCAGCAGUGAGAUGGAGGACCUGCUGUGUGCCAAAGAGUCCCCAUACUUAGAUACCACGCGGGUCAUGAAGUGGUUCCAGAUAGCCCUCACCAGAGCCUGGCAUCGUAUUGCCCACAAGUAUGAGUUUGACCUCGCCUUUGGUCAACUGAACACUCCAGGGUCUCUCAAAAUCAAGUUCCGCUCAGGGAAGUUCAUACCCUUCAACCUGACUCCCGUGAUCCAGUAUGACGACUCAGACCUGUACUUUGUCUCUCAUCUUCCCAAGGAGCCCUGGGGGGAUGAAGGGGGUGGAGCAGGGACCCCAGCCUCCGGCACAGAAUGGCUUCUCUCCUUUGCUGUCUAUGAACGACACUUCCUCCGGAUGACAACAAAGGCACUUCCCGAGGGUGCCUGCCACCUCAGCUGCUUGCAGAUCGCGUCCUUCCUGCUCUCCAAGCAGAGCCGCCUAACAGGCCCUAGCGGGCUGAGUCACUACCACCUGAAGACGGCCCUGCUGCACCUCCUGCUGUCACAGCGGGCCACCGACUGGAAAGCUGCACACCUCAACGCACGCCUGCAUGAGCUCUUCUGUUUCCUGGAGAAGAGCCUGCUGGAGAAGAAGCUCCAUCACUUCUUUGUGGGCAACCGCAAAGUGCCCGAGGCCAUGGGACUCCCUGAGGCCGUGCGCAGGGCUGAGCCUCUCAACCUCUUCCGGCCUUUUGUCCUGCAGCGGACUCUCUACCGUACCACUGUGGACUCCUUCUAUGAGAUGCUCAAGAAUGCCCCGGCGCUCAUCAGCGAGUAUUCCUUACACGUUCCCACCGACCAUGCCAGCCUGCCCCCAAAAGCUGUCAUUCUGUAGAGCAUGUGGGAUUUGAGGGCCAGGAGGGAGCACAUCCCACAUUUACACACCACUGGGGCACUGCGAUCCCAGUCUGGAAAGGCGGCAGGCUUGGAGGGGAGCUACGGCUCAGCCUGCCAGGAAACCAGGUCCUACAGAGUGGAGGAAAUAGAAUUCCAACUGACCACUGGUUUGCUUUCCUGCCAUUGGAGCCCAUUGGUGAAGUUGUCAUUUGGGGACAGAUCCUUUAUAGCUUACUUUUGGAUCACCAUGAUUGGCAAGACAAUGGCAGAACAUUCUAGACACUGAGUUGGAGAGAUUGAAAACAGGGAUUGUAGUGUAAUCCUGUUGGCAUCCCAGUUGCAGUCUAUGCUUCAUAUCAACAGAAGAUCUAUGGGAAUGCUGCUUGGGACCCAGCACCCCAUUCCCAGGAACGGUUGGCCCUAGCCAUCUUCAGCCAAAGAACAAGUAGGAAUAGGGGUGGAGUCCCACAGUGACUGUCACUUUAUAGUAUUUGGAGAAAAGACUCAGUAGAGAUUCGAAGCCCCAGACAUUAGACAGCUAAUGUCUCUGUCACACAGAAAUGGGUACUUGGUGGUGGAGAGUUUCAAGUUGGCUGAAUUUUUGGCCAUAUUUCUCAUUCAGGUACAUCUGCAUGCCAUUUACCAUGCCAGGGGUCAGCUCAGCAGCCCCUCACCUCUCUCUGUUCUCUCCACAGCUCGGGCUCUGGUCAUCACUGUGGUGGGGGGAGGCAAAUGCUAAAUGUGAACACUGACCUAGAGAAAAAGAGGCAUGGGGUGACUGGGGCAAGGGACAGAGCUUGGGUUCCAGGGUACUGGGGUAUGCCUUUCAGUCUGGCCCAGUUCAGAGAAAAUUACAGAGCUGCCCUGGCGUGAGGACUGCCAUAGCCUGAGUGGUCCCCAGAUCCCAGUUCUAGGCAGCAGGCUUGGAAGCAAGAGCUGCUUAGAAACCCAGGUCUGCCCCACCAGCUCAUUCCUCCCUCCCAAUUCUCCACCUCAAAGGGGCCUGCGCACUGCACUAGCCCAACCUUUCAGCAUGGGCCUUGCUGACCAGACCUAAGAGCUGAUUGGGGACUUGGGCAAUCACCCCUGGGGGCCAUGGGCCUUGGACAGGCACCAGAGCUAGAGACUAGAGCUGGGCUCCUGUCCAGGCUAGGUUCAGAGGAUCAGGAUCCUCUUUUCCACUUGGACUUCAUUGGCCCUUUGAGAUUUCCUCAGCAUUAUCUCGGCAACAUUUGUCCAGGGCCAAGGGGGAAGCAAGAAUGAGGAACACAGCUGCACCAGUGUUCUCCCUCCAGGAUUGAAGCUGGUUGUGCCUCCCAGGCAACAAAAUCUUGAGUGUGUCCAGGCUCACCAUGACCUAAAGAAAGUAGCUCCUUCCCCUAGGCCCAAAUAUGCUCUCACCUGGCCACAGAAAGCUUGAGAUGAUGGACUGUUUGCCCACCAGAGUUAAUUCAUGGUGGGGAGGCUCAGCUGCAAUCAGGGUAGCAAGGCUGUACCACUGCACAUGCGCAGUCUGCCUCUUCCCCAGCCUCACAGCAGCAACGGUGCCCCCAGGAAUGAACUUACUCAACUGUGGCUCUAACAGCAUCCCUGAGCCCCACUGGUUCCGUGGAUUCUUUUCCAGAAUCAGGGCAGAUGUUCUUAUUUAUUGUUGCCUGUGCCUUUCCCCCUCUCUAUCCUUAUGCAGUUGUGCUUUAAAGAGAGACCAGCAACCAAGAACUAGCUUCCAGAAGCCAAACCAAGCCUGGAUCUCCCUCAGUUCCCCUUUGUCUCUGGGAGAAAAGUUCACUGGAAAAAUACCUCUGGCUCCUUGUUUAUAUACAAAACUCGGUGGGGAAACAGUGGCCUGUUAUGCACCAAAGCUGCUUCUGAAGCAGAAAGCAGCAGGGCUCUUGGUGUUUUGUGCUGCCUUAUUUAUAUUAAAAGAAGAAUUAAAUUCUCACAAGGAGUAAAAAUGGGACACAGCAUUUGUUUUUAACUUCAGGAAAUGUGUGAGGCUCCCAGGGCAGAGUUGGGGACAGGGGUGGAUUUCCUAUUAAACAAGCAGCUUUCAUUCUCCUUUUAUUCAUACACUUUCAGGAAGCUUUUAAAAAUAACAAAAUGGAAUAUUUGUGCCUUUGAGGCCAGCUUUUGCCCUGCCUACAGAGUUCCAGAAAGGGCCUUUGAAAGCCAACCAUGCAGUGGAUUCUAGCACAGAGCUGAUAAAUGUGCAAAGAUGUAGGUGCUGGAAGUAACAAGAAGCUUUUGGUGUUUGAGAGAGUUUUGUAACUGGAGGAGCCCUAGCCCUCUGGAGCACAUGGGCCUUUCUGCUAAGGAUGCCCCCUUGCUCUCUGAGGACUCUUUCCCUUCCCAAAGAUACUGUGCAGAGUAUCCCAGGACUGUGUUUGCUAUACCUCUUUGGUAAACUGGGUAGGGCCAAGAGAUUGGUAAGUUGGGAGAGGGCACUACAUCCUCAAAAGCCCCAGCCCCUCUGCAUUGAUUAGUUUUCCUUAAUUAUAAUGAAAUAUUCAAUGCAGGAUAUUGAGGAAAAGAAGAGGUGUAUUUCAUUCACAGUUUGAGAGGGUCCAAAUUCAAGAUUGGAUGGCCCUACUUGUUUGGCCUCUGGUAAGGGCAACAGAUGGUGUCACAUCAUGGUGGCCAAAUGUAAGAGCAAGCACUCAGAGCAGAGAGUUAGAUGCGGCCAGGCUGAGGCUUAUAUAACAAUCUUUAUGAGAACUAACCAGAAUCCCAUGAGAACUACCUUAAUCCCUUUCAAGGCCAUAGCUCCUUGGAUCUGAAGACCACCCAGUAGGCCCUUCCUCUUAAAGGUUCCAAUACUACCAUCCUGUGGACCAAGCUUCCAAUGGAGGAACAUAACAUCCAAACCAUAGCUCUCUCUCUCUGUGCCAUGCUGAAGCACCACUGGUUUGAAAACCCAGAACUAGCUAGCAUGUCAGUUCAUCAUCAAGAGUGUCAGCAAAGUGACCUGGAGAGUUUGCCCAGACCCAACCAUGACCCUUCAUGGUGCCCAGGAUCCAUUCUGAAAUGACCACGUAAGGCUGUAUUAUUAAAGUGUUCCUCAGGUGACUGGUAGUAUCUUAGUUGAGGAAGUUUUCCCACUUCCUUUCCAAACGAAAAGUCAAACUCAAGUGGGGCUGGGUACUGUGGCUCAAGACACUUAUCCUAGCAGCUUGGAAGGCAGAGAUCCAGAAGAUCGUGGUUUGAGGCCAGCCUGGGCAAAACAUUCACAGGGCCUCACCUCAACCAAUCGCCAGGCAUGGUGGCGCAUUGUCCUUCCCAGCUACUUGGGGACACACAAAUAGGAAGAUCAUGGUCCAGGCAAA